CUCCAUUUUUUCAGCUCAAAUCCAUCACCAUUUAGAAAGAUAAGAAAUUGUGAGAGACAGGAACAGCGAUGCAAUCCACAAAGGAGAAGGUGAAAAACAUGGCCAGUGCUGCCAAGGAACAAGUCGACGUCUAUAAAGCCAAAAUAGACGAGAAGGCGGAAAUGGCAACUGCAAGAACAGAAGAGGAGAGAGUGAUAGCCCAUGAGCAUGCAAAGGCAAACGAAGCUAAAGCAAAGAUGGAACUGCAUGAAGCUAAAGCUAGACAUGCUGCAGAAAAGCUUGGCACCAAGCAAUCACAUCCUUUAGUAGGAACACAUAAUCAGACUCAGUAUGAGUACCAGCAUGAGUCUCUUGGGGUCGUUCCCACUUAUCCAUCUCAUCCACUAGAAGGAAAUCUACCCAGAAACAAACAUAUAUAGAUCUUUCAGUAGUUGUCCUCUCGCAGAUAUAUGAAAUAAGAAAGCUUUAAUUUUACUCAAAAUCCUUUCCAUGUAUAUUAUUUAGUUAUAUGUUUCAACGAUCUUCAAAGUUUCACAUCCUUA